AGUAAGAGGAAGGGAGGGAGAAGAGAGGGAGGGAGCCUGGGAAGCGCUGGCUCCGCCAGUGGGCGUUUUCUGGCGGCCGGGGCUGGUGUGGAAGCGGCACUGCAGUGACUGUAUCUGCCUCUUUGCAGGCGAACGCGCACAUACGGGGCAAUAUUUGUUUCGCUCGAAGAAAAUACAGAUUGUUGCCGUUUUCUUGCUUUGAAUGCGAGGUGGGAGCAUGGGGAAAAGCGGACUUUAAAGGGGAUUGAAACCACUUGGCGGUCAGUAGCGCCCUGUCCCCUCUGGCCUAAAGGGGGAACGGAAAUGUGAGGAUUUUAUGAGGGCGGGGAGCCGGGGUGCGGAGGAAACACUGCCCGGGAGUUGCCGGAGGGAACGCAGGACCGAUCCGCGUUUGCCCCUUGUUUGGCUCCGUCCUUUUUCGGCUUCCCCUUUCGCUUUACUCCCGUAUCUCUGCUAGACGUCCUGCCUUAAACUACCGCGAAAGGGAGGGAAGAGCGGAAGCAUGUCCAACCCGGAGAAGCGGAUCUUAUCCCGCCCCUCGGCCCCCCUAGCUGCAGCACCCGGGGAAAAGCCCGGCUCCGGCUGCCGCCAGCUCCACUCCCAUGGCCAGAGCGGUGGAGGUGGAGGCAGCGGCGGGUCUCCUCCUCCUCCCCCCGCUCCUGGAGGCGACUCGGCUGCCUGCAGCUCCCUCUCUCUCCUCCUAACAACCACCAGCAGCAGUAGGAGCCGCGCUACAGGCACAGCCUCCUCCGCCGUCUUCGCCAGCAUCGUCUCUAGAGCGGCAGCGGCUCCUUUCCUCGUUCCAGUCCCCUCCUUCUCCUACGCUUCUCCAUCUUCUUUUUAUUUCUUGCCGCCGCCUCCUCGUUUCCCCUCCUCAUUUUCCUUUAACCUCACAAGUCUCCAAGGGAGGGAAGGAGGAGGAGAGGCAGCGAGAGCGGCAGGAGGAGGAGGAGGAGGUGGAGGAGGAGGAGGAAGAGAUGUUGGCGGAGCAGCAGCAGCAGCUCACUUGAUCGCCCAUCCAGGCGGCAGCGGCAGGAGGAGACUCUUCUGUUCUUCCUCCAUCCAGGGCUUGCUGCUCCGUUCCGCAGCCGGCGGCCCCCGGCAGCACCACUCCCGGCUCCUCCUCUCCCCAGCCGCCUCUCGCCCGUGGUCCUGCAAUUCCCUCGGUGCUGCAGCAGCAGCAGCAGCCCGCGGCGACGGGAUCCGAGGAGGCGACGGCCCCGGCGGGAGCAGGACUCCUAGGCGGCAGCAGCGGCAGAGAGGCGCCUUCUUCUCCUUCUCGUCUCCCCUGCUCCUAGGGCCAGACAUGGAAGAUGGAUCUAAUUCUGCAAGCUGCUUUAGGAGGUUUACGGACUGUUUCUUGAAUACAAGUUUAACAGAUGAAAAAGUGAAGGCGUAUCUUUCUCUUCACCCCCAGGUACUGGAUGAGUUUGUGUCAGAAAGUGUAAGUGCAGAAACUGUGGAAAAAUGGCUAAAAAGGAAAAAUAACAGACAAGAAGAUGAAACGGCUCCUAAAGAAGUCAGCAGGUACCAGGAUACGAAUAUGCAAGGCGUAGUGUACGAAUUAAACAGCUACAUAGAGCAGCGCCUGGAUACAGGAGGAGAUAACCAACUGCUUCUGUAUGAACUGAGCAGCAUCAUUAAAAUAGCUACAAAAGCUGAUGGAUUUGCACUAUAUUUCCUGGGAGAAUGCAAUAAUAGUCUGUGUGUAUUUACACCACCAGGAGCUAAAGAAGGACACCCACGACUCAUUCCUGCAGGGCCCAUUGCACAUGGCACUACUGUAUCUGCCUAUGUAGCCAGAUCCAGAAAAACGUUGUUAGUAGAAGAUAUUCUGGGGGAUGAGCGAUUUCCCAAAGGUACUGGACUGGAGUCGGGAACCCGUAUCCAAUCUGUUCUGUGUUUGCCAAUUGUCACAGCAAUUGGUGACCUGAUUGGUAUCCUGGAGCUUUACCGUCACUGGGGCAAAGAAGCCUUCCACCACAGUCACCAAGAGGUUGCAACAGCAAAUCUUGCAUGGGCUUCAGUAGCAAUACAUCAAGUACAAGUAAGUGUGUGCCGAGGCCUUGCCAAGCAGACUGAACUGAAUGACUUCUUGCUUGAUGUAUCGAAAACAUAUUUUGAUAAUAUAGUUGCAAUAGAUUCUCUACUUGAACAUAUAAUGAUAUAUGCAAAAAACCUGGUGAAUGCAGAUAGGUGUGCACUCUUCCAGGUUGACCACAAAAAUAAGGAGCUGUAUUCAGACCUUUUUGAUAUUGGAGAAGAAAAUGAUGGAAAACCUGUCUUCAAGAAGACCAAAGAAAUAAGAUUUUCUAUAGAAAAAGGAAUAGCUGGUCAAGUGGCAAGAACAGGAGAAGUCCUUAACAUCCCUGAUGCCUAUGCAGACCCACGCUUUAACAGAGAAGUAGACCUCUACACAGGCUACACAACCAGAAAUAUCCUGUGCAUGCCUAUCGUGAGCCGAGGAAGUGUAAUAGGUGUUGUGCAGAUGGUGAACAAAAUAAGUGGAAGUGCCUUCUCUAAAACUGAUGAGAACAACUUUAAAAUGUUUGCAGUCUUUUGUGCUUUAGCCUUACACUGUGCUAAUAUGUAUCACAGAAUUCGUCACUCAGAGUGUAUUUACCGUGUAACGAUGGAGAAGCUAUCUUACCACAGUGUUUGUACAGCAGAGGAGUGGCAAAACCUCAUGCACUGUACACUGCCUCCACAUAUUUAUAAAGAAAUUGAGCUAUACCAUUUUGAUAUCAGUCCAUAUGAAGAUGUUUGGCCUGCUAUUUUUGUCUAUAUGGUUCACCAGUCCUGUGGGACAGCAUGCUUUGAACUUGAAAAGCUGUGCCGAUUUACCAUGUCUGUAAAGAAGAACUAUCGCCGCGUGCCCUACCACAACUGGAAGCAUGCAGUUACCGUCGCCCAUUGCAUGUAUGCCAUACUGCAGAACAACCAGGGGCUUUUCACUGAUCUAGAGCGAAAGGGUCUUUUAGUUGCAUGCCUGUGUCAUGACCUGGAUCACAGAGGUUACAGCAACAGCUAUCUUCAGAAAUUUGAUCACCCCUUAGCUGCUCUCUACUCCACAUCAACGAUGGAACAGCACCACUUCUCACAGACUGUGUCCAUCCUGCAGCUGGAAGGGCACAAUGUCUUCUCCAAUCUGAGCUCCAGUGAAUAUGAGCAAGUACUUGAGAUCAUCCGGAAAGCCAUCAUUGCCACAGACCUUGCCCUGUAUUUUGGAAACAGAAAACAACUUGAAGAGCUGCAUCAGACGGGAGCAUUAAACCUUAAGAACCAAACACACAGAGAUAGAGUGAUUGGUCUGAUGAUGACAGCUUGUGAUCUGUGUUCUGUAACAAAGUUGUGGCCAGUUACCAGACUGACAGCCAAUGAUAUAUAUGCAGAGUUCUGGGCUGAGGGUGAUGAAAUGAAGAAAACAGGUAUUCAACCUAUUCCUAUGAUGGACAGAGAUAAGAAAGAUGAAGUCCCUCAGGGUCAGAUUGGGUUCUACAAUGCUGUAGCCAUCCCAUGUUACACCACCCUUGCACAGAUCUUUCCUCCAACUGGGCCACUACUCCGAGCAUGCAGGGACAAUCUUAACCAAUGGGAGAAAGUAACGAGAGGUGAGGAAGCCUCUAUAUGGAUUUCUUCUCAAUCCCUUGCUCCUGGGACCUCAGAUUCUCUUCCUGUGAAGAUUGAUGACUGAACAGCAGCCACAGAUGGCUUUAACCUGAAAAGCACCCCUUCUUGUUUUGGGGAUUGUUUUUUUGUUUUGUUUAAUUUUUAUUUGAAAAAAAAAAAAGGAAAAAGGAAAGCUGCGAAAUGCUAAGAAGUAGACCUGCCUAGCAAGGUAACACCCAUGGAGUUACCUCAGCUAAAUGACUCUGGCAGCCAAUCUCCUGACCUACACCAGUGACACAGCGUAAGCAGAGGGAAAAUGACAACCCAGAUGUUUUGGAGUCAGCUACCAAAAGAGAACUUACAACUUGUGAAUAUAAAAGACUGGCCUUAUCUCAUGGGCUACAUUGCUGAGGCCUUAAUUUAAAACUGAUGGGGGUGGGGGGGGAAUCUUAUGGGGUACUUCUAAAUUGUAUCUUUCUAGUAAGGGUUUCAAUGGUACUUUUAUUAUACCGUACUGUGGCUGGCUUUAACACCAGUGUCACUUGGGAGUUCUUGGCUAUAAAUAGAACAAUAUACCCAUUGCUAUUGUGAAUGUUUAUGUGUGAUCUACUUGUAAUCAGUUUGAACUCCAGCAGAAUCCUUGGAGACUAUAAUUUAUGCUUAGGUUACAGUGAAUUCUCUUGCUGCAAACUGAAGGAAAACCAACAUUCAGGUUAAAGUUUUAAAGUACUUCAUUAAGCAUCAUGAUGCCAAUUGUCUGUCACUCACAAGGGAAAUGUUGAUAGAACUAGUGAUGGUGCUUUGUUCUUUAGGAUGUUUUUUAAAACUAGACAAGUCCUCUCUUAAAACACUGGAAGUACUGGUUAAUUAUCUCCGAUAUAAGAGGGAGUUUCAGGUUGGAGUUUUUGUAUCCAUAGUAACAGAAAUAUCAGACAAAAUUUAAAUGUGACAGCAAAGAUUUCCUCGCCUAGCUCACAAUUAAGUAAAAUCAUUUUUAUUUCUACUUGCUGAGCUGUAUUUUAAAAGGUAUUGGAGACAUACCUGAAGUAUGCUAUCUGCUGGGAACAAAAGCCUUGUCAGAAAAGUCAGGUCUGAUAAGAGGGAUUGUGGUACCAUCACAAUAAUCAAAAAUGUUUUUUGUAUUGACUAGCUUUUGUGUUGCACAGUAACACUGCAUGUCUUCAACUGCUUUUGCCCCCCAUCCUAAGAUGAGUGAAAUUAGGAAACUUCUACAUUUGUCUGUUUGUUUUUUCCCCUAGUUAGAGAAAUUUCCAAGUUUAGAAAUGCCUUCCUUAGAGAAAGAAUAGCUGACUGAAGAAAAGUACACUAAAUGGUGUGUUUACAGUUCUGUGCUGACUUAGGCCUUAGCCUUACAAACUUAUGCACAGACUUACAUGUAAUACCACUCUUUUAAAUUUAGUGCAAUUGUACAGAAUAUGUUUCACAACACUUAAUUUGCCUUUGUCUUUCUCUUAAAAAUAAUGAGAAAAAAAUCUUCAUAGUGAUCCACACAGUAAGUGAGAACACAAUCUUUGCAUACCUUUCACAUACAGCCUAUGCUGCAUUAUGUGCUUUUUCACAGAUAAUGCACUCUUGUGGAGGUUCCGUGAUAACAUGGCCAUUGUGUAACUGCAACGAGUAAUGGUAGUGACCUAAAGACAGAACAUAGGUUCUCUUUUUCCAUCUCCUGUCUUUUGGGCUCUAUUGCUCUAAUAGGCAUGCCAGCUUUUGGGUUUCAUGUGAACAACUUGGCCUCUUGAGUUUUGCCUUCUGUUAUGGUCGAGCACAUGCCAGUAUCUGUUAGUGUACAGUGUGUGAUCUGUAGUCACAUAAUGUAUAAAUGCACCUAAGCCUUUGCUGUACAUAGAGAUCCCACAGGCUGAGAAUUAAAUAUGAAGUUAUCUUACUUGUAUGAUGCAUGUUACCUGGCAACAGGCCCAUUUUUUUUUUUAGGUUUUUUUUUUUUUUUUUUUUAGUUUGCCUUACCAAUUCUAAGUGCAGAAAUUCUUUGGUAAUCACAGCAAACUGGUUUGGAAUUGAAAAAGAGCCAACAGAAAAAAGAAAGAAAAAUAUGGCAGGAAACAGUUACAGCAAAGUAGAAUGAAUGAUAUCUUGUGCUGUGUCCUCUACUUUCCUCCUUAGCCAUUCUAUUUCAGCUAAAGAAUGGAGAUGCACUCUUUCGUCCACUAAGUACUUGAGACAGAAUCCACAUUUCCUAAUUUACAUGGAAAUUAUCUAAAUCUAUGCUGAAUACAGAAAUGCUUUUUGAAAUUCAGAUACCCCAAAAACUGGAUGGAAUAUUUUUCUUUGCAAGUUAAGUAUAUUUGCAUUAAAUAUAUUUGCUGUUAUUUUCCCUUUUUUUCCCCUUUACAUUUGAAAAUGCUGAUCUUAAAAGCAUUGCAAAAGUAUUCCUUAUCACACUAGAUUUGUGUGUAUGGAAAGCUUUUCACUAUCUUUUACUCACUGGCAUUAAAGAUGACUUCACUAGUUCUGUUUCCUGCCAUUAAAAAUGUUUGGCAGUAUCACACGCACUAUGUUAUGUUUUGAAGUUUGUAAGUACUGAUAGUGGGCACAUUUCCCUGGCAAAUUUGUCAAAUUGGCAAUAAGUUGUUCUAUUAAUGUCUCAAGUGAAUCAGCAACUGUUUCUAUUAUAGAACUAUCCAAACCACUUAAAAUAUAUGUUAGCUAUAGUAUAAUUUCUAUUAGAAUUUUAAAGAAUUGGCUCCAGUGGCUAUGAUUUGGUUUAAUUUCCUGGUGUGUAAAAGGAGAAAGAUAAUGACAAAAUAUUACUCCUUGUUAGGACCUAGACCAAAAAAAAGUAGUCAUCAUGAACUGUUUUAUUUAAGCAAAUGUAGUCUGUCUCAGGAUUUACAGAGUACAGAUUCAUAUGUGUAAAUAUUUUGAAAGAAAAAUACUUGUACCUGCUCUUCGAAAGUCAAACCCACCAAAAGGUAGAACUUUGGAGCUGCAUUUGAAUUUCAUGGAUCAAAGACAUGUUGAGAUUUAAUUGUUUAAAGUUCUGGACUCAAACUCACAAUUGAUUAAGAUCUAGGUUUGUAAAACAUCUGACUCAUUAAGGUAAAUUGUCAAAAGUCAUUCCUCCUUGCAUUUUUAUCGUACUAGAACUCAUCUUGCCCAAAAGAAUGUAUAAAAAGCACAACAGAUCUUUCCUUUCCAAGAAAUGUUGGAUUUUGUAUUCCUAGAAUUGCAUUUUUCUUGAUAAUAAUUCCAGCUGCAUUUCCCUCCUCCAUCUAGUAAAGGUAGAACACUGUUUGAAGCUGUAACUGAGCAUUUCUAGUACAUUAUGAAAAUGUGCCUGAAAGGUAUGCAUUAAGUGAGAAAAAUAGUUGACAGAGCGUGUUACUCAUCUGAGAUGUUGCAUAUUUUAUUACAGCAUGACCAAUUCCAUUGUUACAAUCAAUUUAUGAAUUUUGUAUGGUUUUGCAAUAUUCUACUGUAAUGGUUCAACUCAUGGCAGUCAUUUUUUUUCUAUAAGUAAUCAUUGGAGAAAUGAAGCAGGGUUUUUUAGCUGGAGUAUAUGAUCAAGCAUAUUGAAUUGGAGGGGACAUUCAGAGUGGAAUUAAUCUUUUUAUGUGACAACAGAUUUCUUUCCUGCGUGUAAACUUAAAACAGUGUGAUCAGUUUGCUGUGACUGCACUUAGAGCACAUAGUAUUAAAAUUGUAAGAGUAGCAAAAAGCACUAUUCAUGUUAAAAAUAGAGAUUAUUAGAUGCUCAAAUCAAUCAUGACCCUCUUGAAAUAAUGCAUUUGCCUCAAACACUGUGAUAUUGGACCAGUUCUGUGAAGUGGAACAAUUAAUUUAUUCAUUCUAAACACAGAAAAGGCUUUCUGCACACUGCUACAAAGAAGUUAAUGUUCAAACUUUAGGUUCUAUAUCCCAAUCUAGCAAAGGCACAUCAUAACUUUUGUUUGCUUUCUGACCAAAAACUGUGCUCGAUUGUAAUACGGGUGUAUACUCUGACAAAUAAACCUAAAAUAAUGGACUGCUUUCUAGGGUAGAUCAAACUGAUUUGUAGAGUAGUUUCAUAAAUAUUCCAAAUUCAGGUCGGGCUGUUAUGUGGAGAAGAAAGAACUUCAAGGUAACAACAUUCAACUUUACUACAUUUAGUGAGCUGAAAAAUUUGUUUUAUAUAUAUAUAUAUUUACACACACAUAUAUAUAUAUAUAUGAUACAUAUAAACUAUCUUUGUAAAAAUAUGCAAGUGCAAUAAUUUAAAGAGGUCUUAACUUUGCAUUUAUAAAUUAUAAAUACUGUACAUGGUGUGUAAUUUUUUUCAUGUAUUCAUUUGCAGUCUUUGUAUUUAAAAAACAAACCUAAACCUUUACUAUUACGUUUGUACAAUAGAACAGUAAGCAUUUAUUAUGAUAUAGUUAAGUUGUAAAUAAAUUCACAAACCAAACAGCCA